GGGUUUAAUCAAAAGCCCAAAUUAAAAUUUUUUUACUAGGGCAAAAGCCCAAAGUUAGGAAUGGUGAGAAUACUGGAGCUUGGUUUGAUAAUUAGCCUUCCUCUUAGCCCUGUUAGAUUUCUUGUUCUAAGACCCUUUACUUUCCAAUUGGGAAGUAGAGUCAUUUUACAAUGGAUUGAAAAAUGAAGCAUUGAUUAAUUUGGGUCUGUCUCCGAGAAGCUGCCAGAAUCAUGUGAUAGAAUAAAGGAUAAAAUGGGUUUUAGAUAUGCAAUUUCUUUGUCACAUAUCUAAAGUAUUUUCAACUGCAAGUGGUAAGCUGAUUUUGACUGUACAAUUGUGGGAACCUUUGACAAAGACCAUAACUCACAAGAAAUGGAAACCGAAAAAAUCAGAGUUUCAGACUCCCAACUGACAAUACAACCGAACCUCGUUUGACCACGUCAGCCACUUCUCAUCUAAUCCACAAACGUAGAAAGUGAACCCAUUUUUUUGGUUGUUUUGUGGGUCAAAUUCUCCCACCUAACAGCCAAAAAAACCCAACCAAAACAAACACAGCACUUUGCCACACACUGGACCUUUUUUUAUCUUUCCUGGUUAGCCCAUCUUGCCACAAUGGAAAUGUAACAGAAACCAGAAGCAAAUUGUUUGCUGCUGUUUGUUACCGCUAGUAGUACGAAGGAAAGCAACAAACAACAAGCAACACUAGUGGUUGGAAGUGGAGAAGAGAAGCCAUUAGCCCAUGAUAUUAUCUACUUUCUUGGCUAUAGUCUCUCCUUGUUAGCUUUCCUCUUAUCUGAGCCUGAAAAAAAGAAAAAAAAAACUUUAAGAAGCUUUAAGGCCUGGAAGGCUGAAACUUGUGCGAGUACUUGAUUGCAUCAGGCUCUGGGGGUUCAAUGGCCUGUUGGGUUUUAUCGGAAUGUGGCCUAAGACCCCUCCCUAGAAUUAGAAUCUAUCCUAAACCCAGGAAUGCAUUAGCUUUAAAUAACAAUAAUGUUUUAAUGAUUAGAACUUUACCAGGUUCUAAAGCUGAUAGUUUUGGUUCUUCAUUCAAGGUCUCAACUCGGUCUAGAAAUAGAAACUGGGGGGUGCUGAAUGUGAGUGCUCCAUUGAAGGUGGCAAUUACUAGUGAAGAUGAUAAGGAUAAGGAGACGAUUGAUGGGAUUAAUGAGAUGGGAGAUGAUGGUGAGUUUGACCCAGCUGCACCACCUCCUUUUAAGUUGGCUGAUAUUAGAGCUGCUAUACCAAAGCAUUGUUGGGUUAAGGAUCCAUGGAGAUCUAUGAGCUAUGUUGUAAGAGAUGUUGUUGUGGUUUUCGGAUUGGCUGCUGUUGCUGCUUUCUUUAACAAUUGGCUUGUUUGGCCUUUUUAUUGGAUUGCUCAGGGAACAAUGUUUUGGGCUCUUUUUGUUCUUGGUCAUGACAGUGGUCAUGGUAGUUUCUCAAACAAUCCAGCUUUGAACAGUGUGGUGGGUCAUCUUCUUCAUUCUUCAAUUCUUGUUCCUUACCAUGGAUGGAGAAUUAGCCAUAGAACUCAUCACCAGAAUCAUGGACAUGUUGAAAAUGAUGAAUCAUGGCAUCCUUUGUCUGAGAAAUUUUACAAGAGUUUAGAUAAUGCAACCAGAUUACUGAGAUUCACCUUGCCUUUCCCUUUGCUUGCUUAUCCUAUCUAUCUGUGGGGUCGAAGUCCUGGGAAAAAGGGUUCUCAUUUCUAUCCAGACAGUGAUUUGUUUGUCCCAAAUGAAAGAAAAGAUGUAAUUACUUCAACUGCUUGUUGGACAGCAAUGGUUGGGCUGCUUGUGUAUUUAUCUUUUGCAAUGGGUCCAAUCCAGUUGCUUAAACUCUAUGGCAUUCCUUAUUGGAUUUUUGUCAUGUGGUUGGACUUAGUGACUUACCUACAUCACCAUGGCCAUGAGGAGAAACUUCCAUGGUACCGCGGAAAGGAAUGGAGUUUUUUGAGAGGAGGGCUUACAACACUUGAUCGUGACUACGGAUGGAUCAACAACAUCCACCAUGAUAUUGGAACUCAUGUUAUACAUCAUCUCUUCCCCCAAAUCCCACACUAUCACUUGAUUGAAGCUACUAAGGCAGCAAAGCCAGUGCUCGGGAAAUACUACCGGGAGCCAAAGAAAUCCAGCCCCAUCCCAUUUCAUUUAUUUGGGAUCCUCAUAAGAAGCAUGAAACAGGAUCACUAUGUGAGUGACAUUGGUGAUGUUGUAUAUUACCAAACAGACCCUCAACUAUAUGGAACGAGCAAACCAGAUUGAAGUCCUGAAAUAUUUCACGCUUAACAGGAUUUGAGCAUGAUUUGAUUGUCAUUUGGAGCAGUUUUUUUAUUCUUUCUCUCCCAAUUGACAAGAGCCUAUGAUGUUUUAUCAUUCAUGCUCUUCUGUGUGUAUGACAUGAUAAUACAAAAGAACUCUGCAAUUUCAGUUGGGAAUGGCUCUCUUUGGUGCUCUAUGAUCAGUACACAUCGUGUGGACGAAGUAGAGAAGAUAAUAGAUAUUUAGUCUCUGUUUUGUUGGAGACGACCUAUAAAAUUAUAGCCAGACAAGUGAAUGUAUGAGAGUUACGGUCCUCAAUGAUAAAUACAAGUGCAGCCAUAUGGUAACAAACAUGUGGCUUUCAUAGUUUUACACCACACACUGACCAUGAGCCCGUUUAAAUCAUUGAACUUGCGAGAAACCACCCAACUCUUUGAGGAUUGUAUGUUACAUUUGCAUGUCAGCUAAAUUGACAAAAUGUCUGAACGUUACUACAAUUUCACCUCAAAAAUUGACCAUACUUGUAGUUCAAGGUACAUAUAUUAUGCAGUGAAUGUACAUAAAUGUAAACUAAUCCAUGUCUGGAUUCAAUUGAUACCAAUGGAUGAAUAAUCUU